AUGGCGACUACAGGCACAUUCGGAGGUCAUGUACUACCUGGUACAUUUUUCAUCAUUUAUUCACUAUGGUGGUUGUUCCACGCCUGUAGAUCACACAUAUUGAAGCGGGAUAAACAUGACAAUGAUCGUCGUUCAUCGUCAAGGUGUGGUCGCUGUGCCAAUAUGGUGUUUUGCCGAAAAGCGUUGUUAUUAGAAGGAACAAUAAAGGUACUGGCCUGUGCCAUCGGUGUAGUUGUAGAAGGAACCUCGGCAGAGUGGAAGCUACGGGACGAACACGGCGAACUACAUGGACAGAACGACUGGCACCAUGUUACGAUGUACAUAUUCUUUGCAUUGAGCGGAGUGGUCGAUAUUUUGAGCGAAACCUGCGUGAAAACGGUGCCCGGUAGAAACAAGCUGUAUCUAUCCUUGGCAUUCGCCGUUGAGGGAUUCCUAUUUUAUCUGCAUGGGCACGGUAGACAUCCCCUCGAUGUCAUGCUACAUUUUUUAUUGGUCCUCGCUAUAUUCGGAGCAGCGGUGUCAACAUUCAUCGAAAUGUGGUUCCCCGGGGAGACGUUUCUGUCAUUUUUUCGCGUUGCAUUCACAUUGUUACAAGGAACAUGGUUUUAUCAGAUAUCGUUUGUUUUGUUCGAUCCGCGACCAGGCGCAGAACCAUGGGACGAAGACAAUAUGUUGAAUUCUACUUUCAUAACUAUGAUUUUUACUUGGCACGUUGCUUUAAUUAUUGUCUUCAUCAACGUCGUGUAUGCGGCUAUGUCGAUGUAUUAUAAAUGUCGCCAUGGAAACAACACGUACACAACUAGAGGGAAUGACGUUGAACUAACUUUGGAAAAAAACGGUCUUUUGGAAGAUGAAUUUGAAUCGUAA